UUUUAAACUCUUAAAAAUCUAAUGAAAAAUGCAAGAUGUAUGGAAUAUUUAAUCGAUUAAUUUCAUCUUGAUGAUGUUAUUCCAAUUAUUGAAUAAAACUCUCUUAUUGGCAUAAAUGAAGAUUCCUCUAUUAUAGUUAUCUAUCGUUAAAAUUAAUUGGAGCAUUACUAAGAAAUAGAUGGUCAAAUGAAAUUAAUGUUUAAGCAAAGUUUUUAAUUUAAAGAUAGUGAAUAUAGGUUUAUUAUAUCAAGCUCUCCUACAAGGAUUGCUUUAAACAAAGAGGGAGAUUUAUUAUUAAUUGAAAUAAACAAAACCUUAUUUAAUUUAUUUUACAAAAAAGCGCACUUAAAAGGUUGGACCCAUUUUUACUCUAACAAAACUAAAAUUCUCCAAUUUUAAAGUCAAAAUGAUAAAUAUUAUGAACAUUGUAUGCUAAAAGAUUUUAAUUCAUCAUUUAAUUGCUUUUUUAUUUAAAAGGUUGAAAAUCCCGCUACUAUUAUGAUUUACAUUAAUCUAACCUCUAAAAUAAAAAAAAUAGCUUAAAAAGAACUAUCAAUAAUUGAUUGUGUAUUCAAUGAAGCAAAUAACAUUAUUAUUGGAAGAGAGUAAAAUUAUCUUAAUAUUUAUAAGUGGAAAAAAGUGAUUCCAUUUUAAUAAAUUAAUCUAACAAAUGGUCUUCUUUUUGCCAGAUUUGACUAACAAAAUAAUUUAAUUUUAUUGACAAAAGUCCAUUUAGAAAUAUAUAUUGAAUAAUUUGGUUAGACAUAUCAAAAAGUUAAAGGAAUACCUAUAAUAAAUAAUAAUUAAAUUUAUGAUAUAGUUCCAAUUGAUACAUAUAUUUUAAUUUUGAGAACAUAUUUAGGUAAAAAUUUUGCUGAAGUGAAUCAAAUAGAAGAUAAUACAAUAUAAAUUGUUGGUUAAAUAACAUGUCGACAAAUAAAAACUUCAUUAAAAAAUAAAUUUUAUUUAGCAGUAAAAGAUAAGUAAAUUGAAAUUUAUAAACAUAAUUGA